AUGAACGUGCAGCCGCUGAGCUUCGAGGAGAGAUUCGCCUCUUACGAGAGCCGGCCUCGGAAGACAUCGACUUUUUCUUCCCACUUCUCCACCGAGCCGCAGGAGCUCGAGCCGCUUGGAGAUGGCGUGCCGUUGGCUCGGAAGAAGCACCACCACCAGCUGCACUUCUUCGACGAAGCGCUCGGCGAGGAUGGUGAAGCCUCCUACGACUCCUACGACCUCGACGGAGAGCCCGAGGAGGAAGAAUGGGAGGAUGAGGACGAAGAACCCGUCCUGCCCAAACGGCGCCGCUACCUCAGCGAGGCUGAGUACCAGCGGGAGGCCACCGACUACACGAGGCAGCAACUCAAGCAAUCGGGCCUUUACUACAAGCACGCCUACCACUUCUGGCGUCUGCGAUCGCGCGAUUCGUUCGAUCUCGUCCGGCCGCAUCUCGUGAAGGUCUUGAUCGCGUUCGCCGUGCUAAUCGUUCCCAUCAUGCUCGGGCUCUAUUUGGCCAACGACGGGGCCUCCUUCGGCGCCAAGCCCGACGUCUCCAUGCUCCCCGACCUGGCCCAGAACCACGUCCCGGUAUGUCAUCCCAUCCCUCGAUUCGUCUUUGCGAUGCAAAAUGAGAAGAAGAGAUACUACAAGAGGAUAGGAUUAAUCGCCUAUUCGCUAACCUCUAUGCAGAACAACUACGUCGAACAACAAGAAGCGGCUAGCCGCCGGGGCGGUCUCCUGAACAGACUGCUGCGGAAGGCUGGCUUCGCCGCGAAGCGCGACAAUGAUACGGCCGAGGCGCUGGUGCCGGCGCCUCUGGCCUCGCCCGCGCAGGAUGCAGCCAAGCCUGCUCCCUCGCCCGUGGCCCAACAGCAGGAGGAGCUGAAGGAGAGCGAGACGAUCAACCACGUCGGCGUCUACGAGGAGCCCGGCCUCACUCUCACCUCCAUCCUUCCCUCGAUGCAGGGCAUGAACAUCUUCAGCUUCGCCUACACCGCUGCCAUCGACUUCUUCAGCAAGACCUUCGGCUGGGAGUCCGCUAACGUGACCGCUACGGCAGCCUAG